AUUCUUGAGUCGGUCGCGGUUAUCGUGCCCUUACGGUUGCCGUGUUUGGUUGUGAGGUGGUGGUUCAGGCGAAGUGCGGAGCUUGGAUUGCAUUUGCUGUGUGGGUGUUUUUUGGAGGCGGGGAAUAGGGUCCAGUCUAAAUUUUGAACGAGUUUGGUGGAUUGCGGGAGGGAGUUAAUUUGGCGUGGUUGGAGUUGGGGUUGAGAGGCGAAAGGGUAAGGUUGAAGGUGGGGGAGAGGAAGCUAUGGCGGGGCGUGGAAUGGCUCUCACGCGCCCCGCUUGGAUGAAGCACGCGGAGGAUGCCAAGGUGAAAGAUGAAGAGGAGAAAGCAGCUGCGGCGAGAGCUGCGUUUGAGGCUACGUUCCGGGAUGUGGAGGGACAGGGUGGAGCACCGGUGGGUGGGAGGGAAGUGGAUUCGGAUAGCGAUGGAGAGGAGGUAGACCGAUUGGCGAAGAAGCCGAUAGGGCCUGUGGAUCCGGGCAAAUGCACAGCUGCGGGGACGGGGGUUGGAGGGGGAGCUGCGGGAGCGGCAGCGUCGUUCGUGGUGGUGACAAAGGAUUCCGAUGGGAGGCGGAUUCCGCACGGAGGAGCGUACAUUAGGGUUAGGGUUAUGCCAGGGGCAGGGGUGGGAGGGGUAGAGCAGGAUGCGGUUGUGAAGGACCAUGCGGAUGGAACGUACACAGCGACGUAUGCAGUGGCGAAACGAGGAGAUUACAUGGUGAGGGUGGAGUGCAACGGGCAUCCGAUAUCGGGGAGCCCGUUCCCGGUCUUCUUCAGCGGCGGGAAUGUGCCUCUCGGCGUUAGUAUGAUCCCCACAUCGACACCUAUGCUUGGUGCUUCGUCCUACAUCGGUGUAGGUCAGCAAAUGGGGGCUUUCAGCAUGCCGGGGAUGUUUCCAGCAGGGAGCACAAUGGGAGGAUUGAGUCAAAUGCCCAUGGCGCCGUCUGCUGCAGCAAUGGCUGCUGCACAGAGCAUUGCGGCAGCAAAUGCUUUUCAGGCGGCACAAGCAGCUCAGCAGCAGCAACAACAGCAAGCAGGUCAAGACAAUGUUGAUGGGAAAGAAGAGGACGACGAAGACAGUAAUGAGCCAAUUUGUACUCUUCAAGUGACCAAUAUCAACCCUAUUUUAACUGCUGAUCAACUACGCCAGCUAUUCAACUAUUGUGGAACAGUUAUAGAUUGUACUAUGUCAGAAUCUAAAACAACUGCAUUCGUGGAGUACUCAAGACCAGAAGGUGCGAAGGCUGGGCUGUCUCUCAAUGAUAUGCCAGUUGGGGGACAGAAUCUUAAGGUUGAGUUGAAAAGAAAACCACGAUCUGGAAAGCAUGGCACUGGGUCUACUUUGAAUGGAAUGGGACCGCCUCAACUGCCCAUGAUGAUGCAACAAGCUGUAGUCAUGCAGCAAAUGCAAUUCCAGCAGGCUCUAUAUAUGCAGCAAGCACUUGCCACGCAGCAAGCAGCAGCUCGAGCGGCCACUGUGAAAUCUGCAGCGGAGAUGGCAUCAGCCCGAGCAGCAGAGAUAUCCAAACGGCUGGCUGGCCCUAAUGAUGGUGUGGAAGUAGCUACCACGGCAUCCGAACCAGCCAAAACUAGUCCUAGGGCACGUUCUAAAUCGAAGUCUCGAUCUAAGUCUAGAUCACCUGUAAGGUACCGUCGAGACCGUCGCUCUCGAUCGGCUACUCCGGCUCGGCUCCGCCGCGGGCGAUCUCGGUCAAGAUCUAGGGACCGUAAUCACUAUCGGAGCAGGGAACGGGGUUCCCGAUAUAGGGGUGGGCGUGAUCCGUACCCAUCGUAUUAUUCCAGGCGGGACUGGGAGAGAGAGCGAGAUAGUAGAGAUAGCAGAGAUCCUUACAGCUCGCGCAAUAGCCGCAGAGCCCGUAGUCGCAGCCGAAGCCGCGAUCGAGUUAGAAGGAGGUCAAGAACACGAUCAGGUUCAAGAUCACGCAGAGAAAUAUCUCCAUCACCUAGACGACAACGCACUUAUGAAUUACAGCACAGAGCUACCACUCGAAGCCGAAGGCCAACAAGGUCUCGUUCAAAAGAUGUAAAAAGGAGUCGUUCAAAGACUCCUCGCAGCGGAAGUGGGAGUCCAGUGAGAAGGAAGGGCAGCCCAAAAGGUGAAAAGGUUGUCGGUAGCCCAAGUGCUUCGAAGGACCACACCAUGAGCCCCAGAAAAAGAGGAGCUCUUGACCCUGUUGAUGGUGGCAAGAAAGCAUCAGACAAGGUAGAUUCUGCACGAACUGAUCAGCUCAAGAGUGAUUCGACUGCGAAGAAUAUUACUCUUGGCAAUGGAACCGUAUCCAGUAAAAAUUUACCAGUUGAUGAGGUCUUGAUGGAGAUCAAGUCCUCUUUGAACACUAAACUGGAUACUGCAACUAUUCUGAAAGACCUCGAAGAUAGAAGAAGGAAACAAUCGAGCAGUUUGGAGAACUCCAAUAAUAUUGUCUGUGGAGGUGUUCCUCCACCAGAAGCUGUUGUAGGAUCUGAUGUAGGAGGUUUCAAGAAGCCAUUGAAGAAGGGCAACAAAGAGAAGACACCAGCCGGUGACGGUGUUAGUGAGGAGGAAGAGACAGAGGUAAUUGAUGAUUGGCGGGAUGAUAUUAAAUCGCAGGGUCGAGAAAAACACAGGAAUAGGGAGAAAAACUAUAGACCCAUUAGCAAAAAGAGCAAGGACGAGGAGGGGGAAGUGCAGAACGCCAAGGCCUCCGAUUUUACCCGGGAAGCCAAAAUUGCAAAAGAGGGUGCCAAGGAGUUGCAGGAAAAGGUUGUUAAGACUGUCGGACAACCUCAAAAAGAUGUGGACAUUAUUGACCAUGAACGCAAAGGCGCGAAGGACGCGGAGAGUGAUCUUGGUAUCGCUGAUAUGCAGGUAGAGGGACCGCAAAAAUUGGUUCCGUCUCAACUGGAGAGGGUGAAAGCCUCUUCUGGGAGGUCGAUCGAUAUGGCAAGUGUUUAUGACAAUGUCAUGAUUUCCACUUCUCAGGUCGUAGAAGAGAAAGUUCGAGAAAGAAUGAUGGGACCAGAUCUAGUUUCUGAAAAACUUGUCAGCACAGACGUUAGAGAGGAGAAAUAUGCACAGAAAUCGAGAGACGAUAAAAUACUCAUAACGGAGAGUGUGAAGGAGAUGGACGUUCUGGAAGAAGUGGAUGCAAGAUUAAAAGAAUCUAAAAGGUUUGAUGGAGAAGAUGACGUUAAUGUCGGCAACGGUAAAUCCAAAGGAGACGAGGAAAUGGAUGAAGACGUUGAUGAGAAGAAAAGGCGAAGGAAAAUUGUUGAGAUAUCAGACGGGGAAGGAGAUCAUGAUAGGAGAGAAAGGAGAAGAUCACGAGGUGUGGGUACUGAAGGGGAAGAUCACGAACUUCGAGUCAGGAAAAAGUCGCGAGAUGUAUACGGGGAAGGAGAAGAGAGAGAUAGGAAGUCUCGAAAGAAAUCACUAGAGGAUGAAGAAGAUCACGACAAGGACAGGAGACGUAGGAGAAAAUCUCAAGAAGGGGAUGAUGACGAAGAUCAAGACCGUCGUCGUGAACGCCAUCGGCGUCAUCAGAAGAAACAUCGUCAUGAAGAUGAUGUUGAAAAAGCUGAAGAUGAGGAUGACGUUGAGGAUGCAGAUCAGCGUAAGGAACGGCGGCGGCACAAGAAGAAGCACAGGAGAGAUGACCCAGAGAAACGGGAGAAGAAGCGCCGCAAACACAAACUGCAUCGAAAGAAACGACUUCUAUCUGAGUCUCCUGAAUUAUCUCCAUCUGGUGGAGGUAAGAGUAAGCGGGGUGAUGAUGAAACUAUCAUAAAGCAUAAGCACCACCGUUCAAAAAAGUCGUCUGAGAGAUCACCUUCGGUGGAGGGCACGUUGGAAUCUGAUGAAGGGGUGGCGAGGAAGAAGUCCUCUAGCAGACACAAGAAGAAACGUAGAGAGCCCUCCAAGUCGCCGACAGAGAGCCCCAGCUCCAGCGACUAAGGGAUUACAUGGUAGUGAGCCAUCCUUGCGUUAGCAGAUCUUAGGACAUGAAUCUUGAGUUAGAGCUAUUAACAAGGGUUGCUGGUAGGUUUUGAUACACUGAUUUAUUUCGUGUCUGUACAAGCUUGAUCGAAGAGGCUGGUGGGGUACGUGUGGCCCAUGCAGGCGAUUUUUCAAGUUGACAAGGAAAUGGAGCCGUGUUCUUCAAGACUUCAGUUGGUGGAUGCACUUUCAGCACGUGAACGUCAGGGUGGGGAUGGGGUGGAGGUGAGGUGGGGGGUGGAUGUGUGGGAAUGGUUAAACCUGGCUGGUUAUUUGUCCUUUCUUUAUGUGCUUGUAUGCAGCAUGGACGGACAUGGCAAUCAAGCAGGCCGCCUCUGUUACGGACUUUUGGCUCCGAGACGGUCUAUCCUAUCAACAUGCUCUGGCUCAUACCAAUCAUUGUAGGUAGCUCCGGACUGGCAUAUUCACCUUAUGCAUAGGAUGAGGUUCAAAUCUGUUGACACUAUGUAACCUUUUCAUCAUUUCCAAGAAAUAAUCUUGGUGUUAAAUACUGUCUGUUGUAACUGUGGUUCUUGAAUGCGUUGUGUACACAAUUUACAGUAGUUAGUUCGAUUUUCCCAGGCCCUUUUAGUUGUUGAUUGUAAGUUCUAUUCUUUUUUCUACUUUAGCUAAAACAUCAGUCAGUGGAAGAGAUCGUGGUAGUAACUGUGAACUUGAACAAUUUGGUAGCACUGUUGUGAAGUGUCAUGAACAGCAAGUACACAGCAAACACUUGCUUUUUUGGGGUAGUCCUUGACAGGAUUUGAAUGCUUGUGGGCUUUUGGGGUUUGGCUGGGAGGUACUUGGGCACGGGCUCAGGAUUGUCUGUCUGUUUCGCAGCUGAGCACAUCAUAUCUUAGGUGAAACAUGUAAGUGUUUUGCAAGUUUUUUGUGAAGGUCUAGCAUUGAGCGUGAAUAUAGCAUUUUGUAUCUGUGUGCUGAUGUACUAUCAUGUUCCUAGAUAAGUUUACUAGAUAUAGUCUCCUAGAUUACUGCAGCCUGUCCUUGCAUUGCUAUUUCUUUGAGGUUAUAGUAUCUACUAGAUGGUUUGAGUUCCACUUCAAUCCUGGAAAAACGGUGGGAGGGCGGGGUUGGGGUGGUGGGUUGGGAGGAACUCAUGCGAACGCUCUCAGGAUUGUUUACGCUGCAGCUGUGGCACGUACCCUACAAAGCCUAUUAUAGGUAAGUGUUCAGCAACAUAGCCACUGGAUUCACACGUGCUUUCUAGCCUUUUUUAUGUGAAGCCAACACUCAUGGUCUUCCCUCACACUGGAAGCGGUGAAUUUGUGCAUCAUCUUCUCUCACUCUCGCUUUUUCUUUUUCUUUUUUUUUUCCUUUUUUUUUUUUUCAAUGUAUAUAUGCCGUCUUGGUUCUUGUUUCUGUAAGGAGCAAAGCUUAGUUGCUUGGUAUGGAGGAUGGGAAGGGAAGGGUUCCUGUCUUUCCUUGCAGGACAAUGAUGACGUGGAAUGGUUGAAGAUCUUUUUCCAGCUUCUGGUGGAUCUCAUUGCUUCCUAUUUUCUUGCGUUACCUGGAUACCACGUGUUUUGCAAGUGAAAUAACUUGCUUUGAGAAUUUAAUUGGUUUUAAGAACCCAAUCUAGUUAAUAGGUUGUUGUAGUUCAUUAUUAUGAUAAAUGUGUCACGAUUGCUUCAGAAUAGUGUGGACCAAAUGUUAGUAGAUUAGAAGACCGUAAUAUGGGUUGAAACAAGUACUUGAGGUCCUUUGCGUCAUCUAUGGUGUGUGGGUCGCUGUAUAUGAUAAACCUAUUAGACAGCAAGUGUUGCACAUCUCCCUGGUUAUUAAGCUCCAGAAUACUGUAAACGAACAGCACGGGCAAUGUUAUUUAUAUUGGGUUUGGAAGA